CAGCCUAUCCAACUCUUUUGAGAGGUCUUAGACACUCCCACAAACCCCCCAUUCGAACUCCCCAAGAUAAGAGAGAAGGGAGAGCCACAUAUUCAAGAAGAACCAAGGAGAGAGCAAGCUGUCCGCAGGUAGUUUUUCCAGUGCGUAAGGUUACUUGUUUGCUCCAUAUCUCGAGUUAUACACAUCCAAAUAAGGCGUGCGAGAUACCCACAGAAAGCUCUCAAGACGAGGAAUCCGUGAACGUCUGGUUUUCAUCAAUCGGAGUAGUGGAAGGCUUCCAAAUCGACCGAGCAAAACACGACCUCGCAGAAUACGUUUUUGUAUUCAAAGGAUCGGAACGAUCUCGUCGGGAAACACCCGUUCUAGGGGCUGUUUUUUUGUGUCUUCGGUUAGGAGUUGAACUAGCACUUUGAAGGGGCUGUUUAACACUCAAUUCCAAGCAGGGAAUCAGUUCUCAAUCUUCCUUGGCUGAGGUUUUGGUCAUUGGAUCGAGAAGGAAAGUUUUAAAGCUCAUUUGAGGUUGAGGCUAGAGCUUGCUUCCUGUGCUCGUUGCUCGAGAGAUCAUAUAGCGAUGGUGGGUGAUGGUGGUAUUAUGAAUAGGGAGAACUCGGAAGGGCUUGCACCGGGUGGAACCGGGCAUGCCAACCGAGAAAAGCCCUUAGGACCAAAUGUGCAUGAAAUUCUUGAAGCUCAAAUCGUGAGUGGUGGUCAUCUUAAGACCAAGGAAAAAUCACAUUGUUAUGGCAAAACUGAACCACUCAAGGCUUCGGGUGACGAAGGAGAUGGUUUGAGUGAUGAGGACCUUGAUAAUGCACCCAUUGAACAAAUGGGCAUGGUCAUAAAUUGGCUUCAACGUGAACGUGCAAGGAGUCGGGGCUCGGGUGGCCAGAACUCGAGGUCAAAGGGUCCGAGGGUACCUAGGUGCAACAAUUGCAAGAAACACCACUCGGGUAAGUGUCACGACCCUCCUAGGUGCUAUCAUUGCACAGAGGUCGGGCACACGAGAGUGAGCUGCUGUAACACCCCCAAAUUUCCCACCCAAAAAUAGUUUUAAAUAAUGAUUUAUUCAAAGUAAAUAAUGAUUUAUUCGAAAACAUAAGAGUCUUGCAGCGGAA